AUGUCCUGUAUCCGCCCUGCUACACCAGGUAAGUCGUCAUCGAUCGAGCCACACUGCAACCCCCCGUGGCGAGUGCGCAUGUACUGACCCCCCGCACUGCCCGUCCCCGUCCCCGUCCCUGUCCCCGUGUCCCCCCCAUCACCCACACCCCACCCACCCCGUCACAAACGCACGGACUGUCCGUCUCCGUCUCCGCGCUCGCUUCCCACUCUCUCGCAGGCACGGUUGUCGUUCUUGCUGGCACUGUUGUGAGUUCAAGCUCAUUCGAAAAGGAAGAAAGCGUUCUACCCCGGUGCUGACCCUCCGUGUUGGUUUCCCGUCACUCACAGCUCUUGGCGCUCGUCUCCGUGUCGGUGCCGAUCCUCAAGCCGUUCUACUUCCUCAAAGCCGAGGUCGCCAGCAACGAGAUCAUCCUGGGCGUGUGGGGCUACUGCUCAGGUUCGAAUUGCACUCAGCCCAAGCUUGGCUAUGCACUUGGUCAGUGCAGUCCCCGUGACCCGUCACUGCACAUCCCGGCCUCAAACUGACGAGGUCCCGACGGGCGAUGACGAUCGUUCACCAUGCACCAGAUCUGGCCCAGGUAUUCGGUUAUUCGGGAGUCGAUGGUAUCGCUUUGACCGAGAGUAUCCCCAAUGCGCUCGUCAAGGGAUUGACCUACGUCCUCGUCCUGCACCCCAUCGGUACGUCUCCUUCUUACCCCUCGACUCGGCUCGGGCGCCUCCAUUCAAGUUGCUUUGGGUCUGCUGCGAAAGGAAACUCCCGUCGCUGAUCACGUACCUUGGGUUUCAAUACAGCCGCCGUCUUUGGAGCCACCUCUGUCCUACUCGGCCUUUUGGCGCACAUCCGAGGCUUCGGAGGGACAUGUUGGACCACCUUCUUCGCCUCGUUGGGCGCCUCGACCGCACUCCUCGCUUUCGCCAUCGACAUGGCUCUCUUCCUCAUCGCCAAGAAGAGGAUUUCGUCCAGCUCCGUCGGGGGUGCAGCUAGUCUGGGUGCGGCAUUGUGGAUGACGUUGGCGGGAGGAUUGCUGCUCAUGGUUUCGGGUUGUUUCUUCGGCGUAAGUAGUUGUUUGUGCUGCUAGAUCAUAUCGUGGAGUAUCAAUCGGAGGUCAUGCAUAGUCGAAUCUAACAAUUUUCAUACACCUACUCUAGUGCGGUGGUCGAAUGGUCAACGAUCGGGCCUCGCGUCGAGAAGACUCAGAAAAGAAUAGGCCCGGACCGGAUCCGGCCUACGGUGAGCACAUGCGCAACUCGGCCUACCGGCAACAACAAUACAACACUCGGAACGGGGGCAACAACCUGCCCACGUUUGCCGAGUUUCAUAACAGCGAGGUGAUACCCCUCAAUCAGAUGGGGGAGAAGAACGAUUUCGAUGACGACGUGAACGAUGUAGGAUACGUCGGGAGGGCGCCGUAUCGAAGGGAGAUGUCGGGUGGAGCGGCCGUAGCUGGUGUCGGACAAGGGUACGGACGACGUAAUGAUGGUCCCGUCCUGGCUGGCGGAGGACCAACCUCGCCCCAACGAUACAACAACCCUUCGGCCUACCCACCCCCGCCGAGGAGAACCACGACUGCCUCCCCUCCUCCAGCCCAAUACGGCGGGACGACCGAACCCUUCCAAUCCAUGUCCGCUUCCAACGGGAAGUUGACCAAACCGCCUCGACCCCCCUCCCCUCCUACACCACAAGAGAACUUCCACCCUUCCCAAGCCUAUGCCGCCUUCGUUACUCGCCCACCUUCGACGGUCGUCACGGGCACACCUGAGCCUUCGAGUCCGACGGGCGGCAACAACUUCCAUGGACCGAGGGAUAUCGCUUACGAACCCAUGUCGUCUGCUUCACCUGCACCGGGUCAGAACCAGUAUGGGGGCUAUCAUCAUCAAGCAACUCAUCAACCGACUUACGGCGGGAACAAUGAUUUAGCGCAAGUCGCUCCUCAGCAUACUGGCCCAGCUCCCUCUUACAACACCUAUCAACCGGAUUAUGCCCAGCACAUGCCGACUCACCAGGAGCAGCAGCACUACGGUUCUCAGCCGCAGCACCAGGGGUAUGAUACUUACGCUCCUCAGCACCAAUACAAUUACGAUGCGCCCGUACAACACGGCUACGACUCGACGCCUCAGCAGCAGCAAUCCUACCAGUAUGGAGGGCCACAAUACGACCAAUACCAGCCGCAUCAACAAACACGGUACUAG